GCGCAACGCCAACUCAUCUUUCUGCUCCCAAACGUGAAAAAAACGUUGUGACAUGGUGUUUUUAAACAUCUUCUCAUCCUUCGGAAAUUAAGUCUUAGUGAAAACAAUUGUACAAGAAGUUGUCUGUCGGCUCUAAGGUGGGAGGGGGAAAGUUUUUAUCAGUGUUUUUGUGUGAAUGGAGAGCGUCUUUGUCAAGAGACGAAGAAAAAAAGGAUUUCACGAUGCCGGAUCGAUUCACUGUGACUCCGGCGAGCAACACUCAGCGACCGUAUGAGUGCGGAAUAUUGGUGGAGGAUAAUCAAUCGCCAGGAGGUGAUUAUGGAGUUGGUUGUGCAGCUGGAGAUGGCGAUCCGAUCGUCGGUGGAAAUUCGGAGAAAAAGUCGGGAUAUGAAACGAACCUCUACCUCUACAGCGAGGAGUUGGAUGAUCGACCCAGUGUCGCGACAAUCCUCUCCAACUUGGCGGACUACAGUAAUACGAUUCCGCCACCAACGGAUCCGGACAGCAAGACAGCACCACCAGCACCCGGAGGUGCCCGUAUGGGCACACUGGUUGGUGUCUUCUUACCCUGCAUUCAAAAUAUCUUCGGUGUCAUCCUCUUCAUCCGUCUCACGUGGGUCGUAGGCACUGCUGGUGCGAUUCAAGGAUUUCUCAUCGUCUUAUGUUGCUGUUGUGUUACUAUGCUAACAGCAAUUAGCAUGAGUGCGAUUGCAACGAAUGGAGUCGUGCCUGCGGGUGGAUCUUACUUCAUGAUAUCGAGAAGUCUUGGUCCAGAGUUUGGCGGUGCAGUUGGAAUGUUAUUCUACACAGGCACAACUCUGGCAGCUGCCAUGUACAUCAUCGGUGCAGUUGAGAUUGUUCUGACAUACAUGGCACCAAACCUUAGUAUCUUCGGUGACCCUAACUCGGAUCCAACGGUAAUGGAGAAUAACUUUCGAGUUUACGGUACGGGUUUGCUGAUGGUGAUGGGCACUGUUGUCUUCAUCGGAGUUAAAUUUGUCAACAAAUUUGCUGGUGUCGCUCUUGCCUGCGUUAUAUUCUCCAUUAUUUCUGUCUACGUUGGGCUUUUCACAAAUAUCAAUGGAAACGACGCACUUAAAAUGUGUGUACUCGGUAAACGUCUUCUGAGAAACGUUUCCGUGAAUGAGUGUGGAAAGAACUACAGCACAACGCACGAUCUAUUUUGCAAUAGCACUUCAGGAACGUGCGAUGAAUACUACAGAACUCAUGACUUAGAAAUCGUGAAAGGAAUCAAAGGACUUGCAAGCGGUGUUUUUCUAGAAAAUCUUGCUGGAAGAUUUCAAACCUUGGGGCAGUAUAUCGCUUACGGAGAAGACCCUGUUGACAUUGACAAAAUAACUAAACCAAUAGCCCCUUAUAUUACGAAUGACCUGACAACCGCAUUUACUAUUCUUAUUGGGAUAUUCUUCCCAUCUGUAACUGGUAUUAUGGCUGGCUCCAACCGUUCCGGCGACCUCGCAGACGCCCAGAAGUCCAUCCCCAUCGGUACAAUUUGCGCGAUCUUGACGACCUCGACAGUUUACCUCUCUUCAGUCUUGCUAUUCGCUGGCACAGUGGACAACCUCCUCCUCCGCGACAAGUUCGGUCAAAGCAUAGGAGGAAAACUCGUCGUAGCGAACAUCGCCUGGCCGAAUCAAUGGGUCAUCCUCAUCGGCUCCUUCCUGUCAACUCUUGGCGCAGGUCUCCAGUCCCUCACAGGAGCCCCACGUCUCCUCCAAGCUAUCGCCAAGGACGGCAUCAUUCCGUUUCUCUCGCCCUUCGCCAAGUCCUCGAGUCGAGGAGAGCCGACUCGAGCCUUGAUCCUCACGAUUCUUAUCUGCCAGUGUGGAAUCCUCCUCGGAAAUGUUGAUUACCUGGCUCCCCUUCUCUCGAUGUUCUUUCUCAUGUGCUACGGCUUCGUCAACCUCGCUUGCGCUCUUCAGACCCUCCUGAAAACCCCGAACUGGCGUCCCAGAUUUAAGUACUAUCACUGGAGUCUCUCCUUCAUCGGGCUCUCCCUCUGCAUCGCCAUCAUGUUCAUGACCAGCUGGUACUAUGCUCUCCUCGCUAUGGGCAUGGCAGGCAUCAUCUACAAGUACAUCGAGUUUCGUGGAGCUGAGAAGGAGUGGGGUGAUGGUAUCAGGGGUCUAGCGCUAUCAGCAGCGAGGUACUCUCUACUGAAGCUCGAAGAAGGUCCACCUCACACAAAGAACUGGAGACCACAGAUCUUGAUGCUGGUCAAGUUGACUGAUGGUCUUGUACCGAAAUAUAGGAAGAUGUUCGCAUUCGCCAGUCAGCUUAAGGCUGGCAGAGGACUCACAGUCUGCGUCAGCUGUAUCCAAGGAGACUUUACCAAGAAUUCGGGAGAGGCUUUCGCUGCUAAGCAGAGUCUCAGGAAGAUCGCGGAUGAGGAGAAGGUCAAGGGAUUUGUGGAUGUACUCGUGGUUAGGGAUGUUGUUGAUGGACUCAGUUCGUUGAUCCAGACGACUGGAUUAGGCGGGAUGAAGCCGAAUACUGUGAUUCUGGGAUGGCCUUAUGGAUGGAGGCAGUCAGAGGACGAGAACUGGAGGACAUUCUUGCAGACUGUGAGAAAUGUCACCACUUCGAGAAUGGCUGUUCUGGUGCCUAAAGGGAUCAACUUCUUCCCGGAUUCGACUGAGAAAGUGGUUGGAUUUAUCGAUGUCUGGUGGAUCGUACAUGACGGAGGAUUGCUCAUGUUGCUACCAUUCUUGCUGCGGCAGCACAGGACCUGGAGCAAAUGCAAGAUGAGGAUCUUCACGGUUGCACAGAUGGAGGAUAACUCGAUUCAGAUGAAGAAGGAUCUCAAGAAGCUGCUUUAUAAUUUGAGGAUCGAGGGAGAGAUUGAAAUUGUCGAAAUGAUGAACUCUGAUAUUUCGGCAUACACUUAUGAGAGAACUUUGGUAAUGGAACAGAGGAAUCAGAUGCUUCGUGAAUUGCGAUUAAAUCCGCAACAGUCGCUCGGAUUGGUGCAGACAUUGGACUUCGACAAGGUGCAAGCGGUUGUCGAUCAUCAUCACAAUAUAGAUGUAAAGACAGCGACUAAGGUGAGGUUCCAGGAGCCAGGGUAUCAGGCGAAUGGUAUUGACGAGGCACAGGAGAAGCUUGUGCAGGAAACGACUCUCGGAAAAGAACCUGAAAGUGGUGAUAAUAAUGAAAACAAAGAGAAGGCUAAUUUUGUGGCAAAAUCGGAGGAGGAAAAGCAUUUGUUGUCUGGAUCACCGAAAGCGGAGAACAAAGAGACGAGUGAGAAGGCCAAGGAGGCGAAGGAGAGUGCUAACGACAAGAACGAGAGCGAGAGCAGUUCUGCUCCGCAGCAGCCAAUCAAACCGGAUGAGGAUGAUGUACGGCGUAUGCACACUGCAGUCAAACUGAACGAGGUCAUUGUUAACAAGAGCCAUGACGCUCAGCUGGUGAUUAUCAAUCUUCCUGGACCACCGAAAGAAACGAAAAUGGAACGUGAAUCCAGUUAUAUGGAAUUCCUGGAAGUACUAACCGAGGGCUUGGAAAAAGUUCUCAUGGUGCAUGGAUGCGGUCGCGAAGUUAUCACAAUGUACUCGUGAAGUGAGCCACCAAGCCCAAAAUGUCGUACCGAAAAAAUACGCCAUAAAAUGUCUAGUUUACUUUAUUUCUAUCUACGAUGCAAAUUUUCGCAUCUAGCUGUGCAACUCUCGUGCCAUCGAUGGGCAGUAACGUGAAUUUUUAUAAAAUUUGCGCCCCAGUACGACCUCGUAUUCUGGUUAUUACAUAAGAAGAAAAAAUCCUCGAGCUCGUUAUCCAUAACAGAAAUGACUCUCUUGGUGGAAAAGUGAGAAAACCAGUGGUGAAAAAAGAUAAUGAGAGAGAAAAUGGAGAAAUUCGAUUGAAGCUUACUUACCUUCCGGCCUCGUGACGUCUGGAUGAGCCUUGAUUAUGCCAAAGUUACGUGCCAAGGAUAAGUUUCCUUUGAAUGGAUUUCGAUCCUGUGUCACAUAUGUACGAAAAGUUUUUAGCCAAAACUAUUCGUUAGACGUCACGAGAUAAAACAUAAAAAUGCUCCAUUAAUCGAGUCUCAGGCUAAUACUUUUGCUAAUUAGAUUCAAAUUCGACGUGUCGUUAGCGUUCCUUCGAUACGCCGUCCGAAUAACAUGACAAGAAUAAAAAAAUCGUAAAACUAAUUCAAAGUGGUCAGAUAGGUUAGACCGGUCGACCGUAACCUCAUCGUGCAGAUUUUGGUUGAUAUCUCUGAAUCCGAUUGAAUAUCAGAAUCUUCAUGAAGAUCUUUUCUGCGGAGAAGAACAAUGUCUACAAGAAAGUCUCCAUGAAAGUUUUCUAUCCCACUUGAAUCCCGAAAUAUCGCUUGAUCUGUUUUCAAGUGAAAUUGACAUAACCUAUUUGAUAACUUGACCACUCGUUAUCCCAUGUUUACCUCUCAUCUCUUUAUAAAAACGAUAAAACUCCCAUCGAGACAUAAAAUCAAAAUUUUUGGUCAGCGGAUAGGGUCGAAGCAUCAUGGAAAAACACUGCCAGAAAAAUUUCCACCUGCUUCGAUGUUUAACCUAAUGACAAAUCUUAGAGGCUCAUUUUUCUACAUGCAUUGUCGUUAAUGAAUUAUAUUACGAAAUUAAUAGGUGUGUGUAACAAUCGUUUCACCUGCUUGUUAGAUAAAGAAAAAUAAACAAUUAGAAAGUUUUGAGGGUA